AUGAUUUUCCAAGUGCUCAUUUCCUUUCUGCUCUCUAGUGUAUCACUUGGCAAAGAAGAUGCCAACUUUACGGAUGCGUUCGGGCCCUUUGGCAAUACAAGCAACCCUCAAAGCAUUCGUCCCCUCGUCGUUGGGGGCGGUAAUGCAGGGCCAACUCCGUAUCAAGUUUCUCUGCAAUUCCGGGGUGAACAUUUCUGUGGUGGAACCAUCAUCGAUCGGCUGUGGGUUCUGACGGCAGCUCACUGUUUAGAUGGGUUACAACCCUCUCAGGUGAGGGUUUUCGUGGGAUCAACGCAGCUGAGCCACGGAGGUUUCCGGUUUUCGGUGUCCAAGUUGAUUCGGCACCCGAAUUACGAGGAGGAACGUGCAAUCAACGAUAUCGGUUUGCUCAAAUUGGCGGGCAGUUUCCUGUGGGUGCGUGAUCGAGUUGGCUCGAUUGCGUACGGGAAAGAUUUCAUUCAAGGUGGUACGGAAGCUACCGUUACCGGUUGGGGUGGAACUAGACGCGAUGGAGGACCCCCCUCGGAUAAGCUGCAGUUCCUACGGCUUCGGGUAUUGGAUGCAAAAGUUUGCCGGAGAGCGCUUUUCAACUACGACGACGGACACCUUUGUACGUUUACAAGGAAGGGUCAAGGCAUUUGUGGGGUUUGUAACACGUUUUUAGCUGUUAAAGACCCAAGACUUUACGUCUUUUUACUUACAGGGAGACUCCGGCGGUCCGCUUGUCAAUGGAGGCAAGGUUAUCGGAGUGGUCAGCUUCGGUGGACUCGGUCCAUAACCUAUUGGGUGGUUAAUGGAAGUACAACCGGUUUGGUACAGCGGAGAACGAAGAAUGAAAAUUUAUUUUCUUCUAUUGUGAUUUUCUUGAACAACUAG